UGGCUUUGUCGUUGCUCACAUUCGGAACAUUUCAGCCAUCGUCGCUGGUCGUGUUUGCUUGUUUAACAUAAAAUCACUGGUGUCCGUGUGUCGCGCACUGUGUAGUCGCUUUUCCACUUUUGUUCUGUGUUUCUCUGCUCAAAAUAUAAUUCAUCGAAGUUGUAAUAAAUCAGUAAAUUCACACGGGAAAUGUAAAAAGUGUACUAAAUUAUUGGAAAUUAAGUUUAACUACACAAUUUAGGAAGUUGGAAUGAACGACAAGCGGUUUACAAGUGUAAGCGUAUAAGAGCCAACAAACAUUUAUUGGAUGCAAUGGAGAAAAAAGCAAACACAAUAAAAAAGGCAAAUCUCCAAAGCAAAGGUAAAGUAGGAGUGUAAUGAAAACCAAAAGAUGAACGACAAACGAGUGAAAAAAUGAAAAGUGCGCUUUUUCCAUGCAAUUGCGAUAAACAAAUGUGAAAUACAUACAUACAUAUUUAAAUAAUAAAAAAGUUGAAACAAUUCAGUUGUGUGUGAAAUUAAAUUACGCCAAAUUUUGUAGUGAAAAAUUAUAAAAAAAAAAAGUUUUUAAAAAUUGUAAAAUUUUGAAGUAAAGCAAAUAAAGCAAACACUGCACAUUGCGCGCAUAGUUUGAGUGGCACUGGCGUACAGCAGUGAUUCCGUUUGGUACGUUGAUCGUUAUUGCAUUUCUAACCAGCAAGCCCCAAUACAUGAUGAGUGCCAUGAGUAAUUGGAUGCGUUGUCAAUAAGUCGAUGUUGUUGGCAGCCAGCAGCAGUCUUGUGUGUUGACAAUCAGCAGUGCAGUGCGUACAAGCAACAACUAUUUUUACAGCAACAGCGCUUGUGAAUGAUUUGCGGUGAAUUUUUUUAUUUUUUGGCUUUUUUUGCCAAAUUUGUUUAGAAAUUAGAAAAUGACAAAUUACUGAUGAAUUUUAGUGAGAUAGCGUGGCCACCAAAAUAAAACACAACAACAACACAGUAAGACAGUGCAACAAGCACAAAAACGUGUGGAACAACAGCGAGCAGGAGCGGUGCAAAAAAAGUGCAGACAUACAAUUGCAAGCGAAAUUCUUGGCAGUGCAGUGAGCAAAACUAUAUAGCGAGCGAUCACGCGAUGCGUCAUUAUUUUAGCGGUGCGCGGCGUUGAGUAACGUAACGAAAUUAGCGCGACUCGUGUGUGUACAGUGUACAAAAUUUAAUUUUGAAUUUGCAAAAUAUAAAUAAAUUGAAUAUAAUUAAUUAAUUAAUAAAUUAUAAAAAGAGCUUCACAAAAACAAAAAGUAGACAAAAAAAAUCUAAAAAAAUACCUUCAGUGCAAAGUGACCGUUUCAACAAUUUAAAAUAGAAUUUAUCAACAAAUAAUUGCUAUCAAACAAAUCGUGUGCAAAAUAAACAAUACGCCAACAUGCCGGAAACACAUUAUGAUUGCAUUACAAAGGAUUGCCUGCAGGCUGAAUUGCGCGCCAUAUCCGCUUCCUCACACCACAGCCACGCCCACCAUCCGCACAUCAGCUCGUUGCUGGCGCAAAAGCUAAUCCUUUUGGAUUGCCGCAGUUCGCACGAUUUCAGCGAAUCGCACAUCCGUUCGGCGGUGAAUUUCUUCAUCCCAAGCAUUAUGCUGCGCCGUCUGGCGAAUGGCAAAAUCGAUUUGCUAUCAACAAUUAAAUCGACCGAUCUGAAGGAGCGCAUACAGAAUGGCUAUAAAGUCAGUCUAUUCAUAUUGUACAAUGACGCGGGCAUGCAGGAGCAGCAUCCGUCCGCUGCGGCGUCGGGCGGUGGCGUUGGUGAGGUGGUUGCCGCGGAUGCGUUGAAUAUUUUGUACCGCCGUUUGAAGCAGGACGGUUGUCGUGUGGUGGUGUUGCAAGAUGGUUUUUCGAGUUUCCGUCAGGCAUUUCCCGAGUGGUGUGAGGAUGAUAGUGCACAAAACAAAGAAAUGGAAUCUAGUCACAGCACACAGGCCGAUCAAUUAAUGGGACUGAGAUCUUUGCGAAUAUCGACACCGCAUUCGGAUUCCACCUGCAGUAGUUCCGCUGAAUCUUCCGAUUGUGAGAGCACCACACAUCACAAUAUCAAUGAGGCACCUGUGGAGAUCAUUCCGGGCCUGUUUCUUGGCAAUGAGUCGCAUAGUUGUGAUUCACGCGCAUUACAAAAGUACAAUAUUAAGUAUGUUUUAAACGUCACACCGGAUCUUCCAAACGUCUUCGAGUCCUCCGGCGACAUACAGUAUUUACAAAUUCCAAUAACCGAUCACUAUUCCCAAGAUCUGGCCAUGCAUUUCCCAGCUGCCAUCCGAUUUAUAGAAGAAGCACGCUCCAACAACGCCGCCGUGCUCGUGCACUGUCUAGCCGGUGUCUCACGCUCGGUGACGGUGACGCUCGCCUAUCUGAUGAAGACGCGCACACUCAGCCUGAACGACGCAUUCACGUUGGUGCGCGAUCGCAAACCAGAUGUGGCACCCAACUUCCAUUUCAUGGAACAGUUACAUUCAUUCGAACGUAAAUUGCGUCCAGCUGGAGACGGCAACGGUGGCGACAAUGAGUGUACCGCCAUGGAUGAGAGUGGCGGUGGUGGAAGCGGCGUUAGUGUGCCCUCUUGCACCGCACAGGCGAGCUUAGGCAACACCUUGAUGGCUGGCCGUUGUGCCGGCGAUAUGGGUUCGAAAUUCACAUGCAAUUGCAUUGCAACGGACUGCAAGUGUAUGCAAACGGGCGGCUACAUGGCGCAGCUGGCGAAGGCGGCAACCGGUGUGUCACCCGAUUCGGGUAUUGAAUUCGAUCGGUGGACACCGACUAGCGAUACGGGACUGAAAUGAGAUCAACUUGUGGGAAAAAGUUUCGUGUUGCCGCCGAGUAUUGUGGAGCCGCCAGUGGCGCAUAACGCCGACAAUGUGUCACCAGCUUCGACUACCUCCUCCUCCACAUCGACAACCACAACGGCCGAGGCAGUGUCGGUGGUCGAAGUGGUGCCGAGCGUCGUCGACGAGCGAUAAAAGGCGGCGGCGGCCAGGCCGAACUACAAAUGGGCACACGGGGGUAUUGGCGAUUGAGUUGGUGUGUCGCAGGCACGCGAAACUUUUUUCCUACAGGUAUGGUGGUGGAGACAACAACAACAAAAGCAGCAACAGCAACAACUGCAACUACAAAAGUAGCACAAACGCUAAGGCGGAAGGCGGCUUAACAUACAUAUAGCAUACAAACAUAUAUCACAAAAGCAGCAAAUAAAAAAUUAAAAUAAAGAAGUUUUCGAAGCAGCUGUGAAAAAAUGCAUAUGUUGUUUGCUAACAAAUAUUUUUUUUAUAAAAAUUAGUCUAAAUAAUGAGUAUCCUUUUGUAUUUAAAUAUAAAAUUAAUUUUAAAAAUUUAUUUGCUUCCUUUUUAUAUAUAUGUAAGCCGUAUAACUGUUUAGAUGAUUAGUCAUUGAGUAUAGCACAAAUCAGGGCUAUUUCCAGUUCAGGUGUAUAUGUAUUUAUAAAAUACACACUUCGUACGCAUAACUUAACAUAACAUAUGCCAACAUAGCAUAACAGAAAUCAUCGCAAAACAUUAUAAGUAAUAUUAAAUAUAAACAUUAGUUAAGUAAGUGCAAAUGAAUUAAAUAUAUGAAGUUGAAAAAGAUAAUCCCAGGAGACAACCUGUACCAAAAGCAUUCAAGCAUAAAUUUACAAAUUAUUAUUUUAAUUUUAUUUUUUUUAUUUUUAUAUCAAAAUGUACUGUAACACAAAUCCCACAAUCUAGUUUAAGCCAGUAAUGUAUGUAAAUGCAUUGUUACGAUAAGUUUUCUAUGUAACGUAUGUAAUAACUGUAUGCUAAUUAUCAUUAGUAAUUAGACAUUCACACAUACUUAUUACAACAAAAUAUAGUUCGUGAUUUAUGUCAAAGCACAAGAACCUGCAAUUACACAAAACCCCUAACAGAUACAAAUACACGCAUAUGUAAACAUAGCUACAGAUCUAACCAAUAUGCAUGCAAAGUAAUUACGAAAUUAAGUGAAUUACAAAUUUACAUAUUGUAAAGUGUAUUUUAUAUAUAUACAUACAUAUAGAAAUGUAAGCGUAUCAACAAAUGUAAAAUGAAGUAUAAAGUCAAGGCGCCAAGGCGCAUGCAGUGAAGCGUAAUUUAAGUUCAAGCCGUUAGCAAUGAAGUGCACUAAUUAAUUAAUUAAUUCAUUAAUUAAUACAUAACGUUUCAAAUUAAAACUUAUAUUAAAUAUUGUUAAAUAAUAAAAAUUCUUUUUGAAAGAAAUUGCAAACUAUUUGCCAAAAUAAUAUAACAUAAA